CACAAGAGGCAGUCAGGUUUGGAUUGUCAAGGACACAAGCCUGCAGUCAACUUUCGCUCGGACGUCAGCGGUGUAAGUUCCUGGAAGGAGCUCUUUCUCAACUCUUGGCUUCCCGGGAACCUCUCUCGCGGACCCAGAGGAGACCUACCGCAGCUCAAGGCGGCGUCGGUGGCUUUGCAAUAUCGGUGCGUUCGGGGCUCGCGCAUCUGAGCUCUAUGCCAUGGAGGAAUCCCUGCGAUCGUCUGCAAGGUCACAGGGCCACUCGGGGUUUCACCUGUGAGUUAGGGGCGCCCUGCAUCUCUGCCCACCACCACCUCUGGGGCUGGAUGUUUUUAAGGAGACCAGGAGAGCACUGAGCUCCGGAAAGCAUGCAAAAACGCCCCGGCGCGUGUUGGGGAACCUAGCCUGCUUCUGGAACUUCUCGAAUUUCUCCCGAAGCCAGAACCAGCAAGCCUGGAUGCACCAGCUCCCCCGCCUCGAAGAUUUUAAGUGUCCUUCUUCUUCCGGGAGAGCCGGCUCUUGGGUGCUCCGUCUGCUUUUCUGCAAAGGAUGGAGAAACGUCCAUCCGUCGGACCGCUGGCUCUGCCGUACCCUUUGCGCACGGGGGCGCUGGGGGCUCCGCGCCCACCCGCCCGGCUCCCGGCCAGGGACGCGUUCCGGGUGUCGGCGCGUCGGGACGCGGCCGAGUGCUGGGAGCGCGUGCCCGCGGGCUGCGCGCGGAGACGGCCGUGCCGGGCCCCGCCGCUGGAGGGCGCGCGCGAGCCGGCCCUCCUCCGCCAGCGCAACGAGCGCGAGCGGCAGCGCGUGCGCGGCGUGAACGAGGGCUACGCGCGCCUGCGCGACCACCUGCCGCGCGAGCUGGCCGGCCGGCGGCUCAGCAAGGUGGAGACGCUGCGCGCCGCCAUCGGCUACAUCCGGCGCCUGCAGGAGCUGCUGGAGCGCCACGCGCGCCGCCCCGACUGCGGCAGCGACGGCGAGUCCAAGGCCUCCUCGGCGCCGUCGCCCUGCAGCGAGCCCGAGGACCGAGGCUAG